UGGGGAAGAGUUGAACGUUGACAUCGGCUCGUAUUGACGGCAAAUCGGUCUGUUCGUAUAAAUGCUUCAGAUUGAUGAUCUUUCGAGACCCUGACGACGACGAGCAGUCAAUCCCAGCCGAGAAUGGCGAUACACGCCGGCAAUCUCUUACUGACAUUAUUGGCAUUGCGCAGCGUCCAAGGUGCUCCACUUCCGCAAACAGGUGCAGGGGAAGCAGCUGUUGAAGUCUCCUCAUCACUGCUUAUACUGUCUGGUUGCAGCUUAGUUGUCCUCAUCAUCCUGCUUGUGAACUGUGCAUCCUGCUGUAAAGAACAGGGAAUAAAUUUCAAGGAAUUUGAAGAUGAUAACCCUGAUGAAGAAAAUGAUUUCAUACCACCAGCAGAAGACACCCCUUCACCUCCAGCACCUGCUGAAGUUUACACACUUACAGUUCCAAGUAUUGUACUUGCUACUCCAACACAGUUUCAGUCAUCUAAAGCACAAGGAAUAUCCUCGGCACCUCUUGCCCGUCAUCAUCUUAGCUACAUCCAGGAAAUUGGAAAUGGCUGGUUUGGUAAGGUUCUUCUUGGGGACAUCUAUGAGGACUCCAGUUUAGUUAGGGUGAUUAUUAAAGAACUGAAAGCGAAUGCAAGUUCAGCAGAACAUCAUCGAUUCCUUAAGACUGGAGAGGCUUACAGGGUUUUGCAGCACCCAAAUGUGCUUCACUGCUUGGGACAAUGUGUGGAUGCUGUCCCUUACCUGCUGGUGUUUGAAUUUUGUCAGCUGGGUGACAUAAAAGGGUACCUUCGUGGUCAACAGCAUGAACAAAGCUCCCUUGGUUCGGAGCUGCUACAGAGAAUGGCCUGUGAGAUUGCUGCUGGGCUUGCUCACCUGCACAAGCAUGGUUUUGUACACAGUGACCUAGCACUGCGGAAUUGUUUUCUCACAACAGACUUGACUGUAAAAAUUGGCGACUAUGGAAUAGGAUUCAGCCGGUACAGGGAGGAUUAUAUCAUAAGUAAUGAUGGUCAAUAUAUUCCUCUGCGUUGGAUUUCACCUGAGCUUGUUGGUGAUGUUUAUGGGAGCAUGGUAGUAGCAGAGCAGACAAGACACAGCAAUAUUUGGUCAUUGGGUGUUGUGAUAUGGGAGUUAUUUGAGAAUGCCAAGCAGCCCUAUAUGCAUCUUUCUGACAAAGAGGUGCUAAUCUUUGUUAUAAAAGAACAACAAAUUAAACUCCUGAAGCCACAGCUGGAGUUGACUCACUCUGACAGAUGGUAUGAAGUUCUGCAAUUUUGUUGGUUACCUCCAGAAAAGAGACCAACAGCUGAGGAGAUUCACAGGCUACUGACUUAUCUCCGCAUGCAAAGUCAGAAGGAAUGUGAAGAUGACUUUGAAAUCAGAUGGAAUGCACUCAAGUCCAGCAAUAGCAACCGGCAAGCUAUUGCAAAUAAUUCAUCUUUUCCAAUUCUGGAGCAUUUUGUUGCUGAGCGACUGAACCAGGAAAUGGAUGAUAUCCUCACGGUUACAGAAACAAGCAAAGGACUGAACUUUGAAUAUGUGUGGGAAACUGCUAAACUAGACCAUUUUGAAGAUCAUAUGCAGGGAACUGAUGGGCCGAAAGUAAAUUACCAGAGCAUCUUCUACCCCACGAGUGCUUUUGACAAAAGCAAUUUCUCAAUAGUUCGCACUCAUUCAGACGAUAAACUCACUAGACAAGAGGCUGAUGGAAGUCUGCUUGCAGCAUCAGGAAUUGUUCCUGUCUUUAAUGCCCAUUAUCCUUCUGUUGGAAGUGAAUACUAUAUACGGUUAGAGGAACAAAGUGAAACUAACUUGGUUGCAGUUGAAAAUUCAGAAAAUGCUGGCGAAGGAGCCCCUCAAGUCAAGGGUUCUGAGUCUUUUGUUAUUCGGAGUGCCUCGGGGGGCGAGUUGAGUACAGACGUCGAUUUCUUCCCAGGCCACAAUCAAAACUUGCAAAAGUCUGAAGUAAUUGAGACUAUGCUUGGUUCCUACACCUCCAGUUGUGCUGAAAGCCCUCACCACAACAAUAUCUUUUAUGAACAUACGUUAGAUGAGAUGCCAUUUAAUAAAGGAUAUUUGAACACUGAAGGGAUCAAAAUGCUUGAUUUUCCCAAAUUCAAUGAGACUAAAAGAAAAAAUGCAUCUGGUUUAGUUUCAAGUAAAGAAACUCCUAUGGAGUCCUUAAUUCACCAAACUAUACCACUUGUAAAGACUUCUAGUUCCAUUUUGAAUGCUAAAACAGGUACAGUUUGUACAGAAAACAUCAAUGACCAUGACAGUUUGGGAUUACUCCCAUCUGACCAGCUGUUUUCAAAUUAUCAUUUUCUUAAGGAAAAUAAACUUCUACGUGAUUCCUCACCCAAAAGCGAUGCCAGUUAUGUGGUGAAAGUUGGUACUUUAUCAGACUCUGCAUCACACAACACUGCUGACAGUGCACAGACUAUAGAAUUAACUAAUCAACGCAUGCAGUUAUCUGACUCUCAACAAUAUGGAGCUGCAGGCAGUCUUACUAAGCAAGUUAUUUCACAGAGUGUAUGCUUGCAGCCUCUGUUAGAAAAUAAACAGGACCUGUGCAUGUUUUUAAAUGAAGAUAAAACCACUUGUGAGGAGCAGCAAGUUAACCAGGACUUAGAUGAAGGAUGUAUACUACAUGAUAGCUCAGGCUUAGAAUGUGACGCUACUGAUGGCUGCAUUUCUAACUGCAAUAUCACUUUGCCUCACAAACACUGCCAAGAGACUGCUCAGUGCAGUGAAAGUGCCGCUGCUAGCACGUGCAAUAAUGCCAAAAAACACCUUUUUGCAGAAGAUGUAAUCCGUGAAACGGCAGAAGAGGGUACAGCUGUAGUCACAGUGCCAGAGUUGAUGAAGUACAUGGAAGUUGUAGAAGUUGAUCCCUUUAGUCCAACUCAUGUCCUACAUGAAGGUAUCUUAAAACGACCACUGCAAGACAUCAACAAAAUGCCAGUUGUAUGUUCUGUGUCUGAACCCAUGUUGGAAAACACUCCCCUAUCUGAACCUCUGGGUCUUUCUAAAAGUGUAGAAUUAUUAGCUUCAGUGCAUUUUGUUCACUCUCCAACAGAGGUUCUAAAAACAAUAGCUACUAGCCCUCAGACUGAAGCCUCCAGUGCAUCCAACAAUAUUGAACUGUCAGCCUCAAUUCCUUCGGGGCAUUCUUCAGUAGGGGCUUCAAAAGUACUGGAGACUGGUGAUGUACCCGAACCCUCAUUCAGUAGUUUUGCAAAUGCUGAAUCUAAGAUUUCUGUGCCUUCCUCAGAUUUAUCAAAUCAAAUUAGCCCCACAGAAGAAGAUAGUGCAUCCUUCUUGCAUAUAAAUUCAGAACAUUCUACAGAAACACCAGAUUCUUUAGACUCAGUGGAGAUGCACAGGGUGUUGGGAUCUUUAGAAACACAAAAUACAGUUUCUCAGAAAUUAAAACCACCUCAAAAACAACCUGACAGUGGCUAUGAAACUGAAAAUCUGGAAUCACCUGAAUGGACGUCACAAUGCCACAGUGCAAGCAUAUCUCCCACCUCAGCUGCCCUGGAUGUUCCCACUGAUGAGUUGGCUAGCUCUUUACCCUCAAACCCAGUUAUUGUUGUAUCCAAGGAGGAAGUCUUCCCCACAAGAGACAUUAUCAAUAGGGACACACCCAAAGAAGCCUCCGAUACAUUGACUAAUGGUCACCAAAAUUCCCACAGAGAUUCUGCUUAUUUUUCAGAUAAUGAUUCUGAACCAGAUAAGAGAGUUGAGUGUGAGAAUGCUGAGAGGACAAAUGAAGAAACUCAUCUUAAAAGUGCUACUAAUUGUGAAGCUAAUCAGGUUGUUGCUGACCAUAGUGACAAAAUGUCAACAUCGUUUGACUUUCGUGAUGCACUGUCAGUAUCAGAAGAAAGCUUGAAUAACAAGAAUAAAGAGUCGCCAACUUUUUGCUCCGAUCACGACGGAGAAUUUCCAAAUUGUUUUAAAACAGGAACCUAUGACAGAAUUAAUAGAGUAAUCAAUGACGAAAAUUCUGACAGGUGUUUGGAUAACUUGGAUGUAACAGUCUCUGAAUCAGUGUCCAUUCCAGAGGUUAUGUUUAACAUCCCAGACAUCGGCACUGAGUUUUCCGAAAAUAUGAAGGAAGACUUUGGAAUAAUUGUCGAAAAGGAUAUUAAAAAACCAUUGUCAAAAGGUAAUGAAGGAACUAGACUGAAGGAACCCGAUGUUGAAGGACGCUACCUUGGCAGGCUUGAUGCAUCUAAAUUCUUUGAUCUGUCAGAGGAACAAGACGGCAUAGAGGCUGAUGAAGAAGAUGAAAACAGUGAUGAUUCAGAUGAUGACUACAGAGGCUAUUCUAUCAAUAGCCCCAGUUCCGAGAGUGAAGAUGAUGCGGCACAUCCUGUACCAAUAGUUGUGACUGAGAAUGAUGAUGGAAAAUCCCUCAAAAGUUUAUUGAAAGACUGUGGACCCAGACCUCCUGAACUUCUCAAAGCAGAUGUGAAAAAGAAGCAAGUGAAGAAGAUUGUGUCAUUUUUUGAUGAUGUCACAGUCUUUCUGUUUGAUCAGGAGACCCCUACCAAAGAACUGGGAGAGCAUUCAGCAGCAGAAAGCAGUCAGGUUUCAGACGGUGGCAGCCCCAUCAUGUUAUCUGGCUCCCACUUCGCAAGCAGGUUCUCAAAUUCAGAGAGCUCCACUGAUGAAGAAGGUGGUGGUUUUGAAUGGGAAGAUGAUUUUUCCAUGUCGUCUUCGGAGUCGUCAUUUAUCGCUCAAACAUCAAAUCACCUUGCUUCCUUAAAACCGUCUCCUUCUCCCUCCUCAAGAUACUUUUCCCCUCCACCAUCCUCCCGGGCCUUAGAGCAAAAGUGGACAGAUAUGACCUCAUCAUAUUCUCGUUUUUCUAUCUCACCAUCCAAUAUUGCCAGCUUCUCUCUCACUCAUCUUACUGAUUCAGAUAUCGAACAAGGAGGAAGCAGUGAAGAUGGUGAGAAGGAUUGAAGCAAAACAUGGAAAGAAGUGUGCAAUGAUUUUCCAAAUUUUAAAAAAUAAUUUGACACUUGAGAGAGCAAAUCGUUUCAGAUUUAAUUAAGAUGGAUACAUCACUUAAACCCUCUUCUGAGAAAAUGAAUGAGUUGUUGUGAAUCAAUGAAUAUAAUUGUUCAGUUUUUAUGUUUGGUAAAUUAAAAAAUAUUGUCCUUUAUUGGAUGUGGUCAGUGUCACAUCAAUAUGGAUUUUAGAGAAGUCUGGGCUACAAAAGUUUUGAGGCUGUCAAUGGACACAACACUUACUCCCAUCGAAUUUCUUACGGUUUUACAUGUAAUUUCCAUUUGGCACAACAUAGGAUUGUUAAUUGUUCAAUAAGGUUUUUUUAUUCCCUACAAAAUACUGCAAUGAAGAGUUGAAAAAUUAUCUGUAAUUCUCUGUAUAAACUGUCAUAGUUAACUAGGACAUGCUUGCUUUUUUUCAGGGAUAAGAGAGAGAAUACGCAAUAUGCUAGGUCUUAUUCUUUGCCUCCUGAAAGUGUGUUCGAGUUUGGAAGGAAGUUUUGUUCCAAAAUCUGCAUUAUGCUAUUGAUGUAAAAUGUGUCCAGUGGUUUUAUAGCUCUUUAGUAUUAGCUAAGCUCACAAUCAUCUCCAUUGCAGAUAUUGCUGUCCAGUGUGGCAGUUUUAGAUUCCAGUGGGAAUACAGAUGGAAUGCCUGAAACAUUAUUUUCUGAUUGUUAUUUUCAGAGGCAGACUUUUGACUGCAGGCCUUUUGAUAACUGUACCUGUUCAUUUAAGACUGACCACAAUAUAUGUACGGCAAUAAUGAAAGGAUUUCAGGUAGUCUGCCAACAGUUGUAUGAAUUCCAUGUCACCGCUGAAUUUAUCUUGUAUUUUGAACACUACAAAUGACACAACUGGUUAUGAAACAUCCACAUAUCUGAGUGCACUAACUGUUUUUGUUAUGAAUACCGUCAGAAAUUGAGAAACACAAAUAAUUUUAAGAAUGUAUCUUUACUGUAGUAACUGAUUAUAUGCCAUAUAUGUAACUUAUGACGUUCAGUUCUAAAAUUCUGAUUGCUCUUAUGUCAGAGGUACACGUGACUGAUAUGUUUUCUCACAAGUUUAUUUUUUGUAAGUUGCUGGUACCUUGUUGCAGCCAGGAAGACUAGCUCUGGCCCAUUUUCCUUCACUUGUGGCUGUCAAUAGAUUGCAAUGUUGCAUGUCUACACUGUCAUCCACAUUCCACCAGUAAUGAUGUUGGUGUUUGUAUAUUUAAAGAGCUGUUGAGCUGUGGUCAUGAGCAGUGUAACCUUUAAAUGUUUAAUGUUGUACUGAGUUUGGUGUAUAGAUGGCAAAGUAGUUGCACAAAUUGUGACACAAGGUGAUGUACUAGGGUGGGUAAAUCAGUAGUGCUUCAUUUAUAGUGUUGACUUUCCAAGAGUGAAUAUUAGAAAAGAAUGGAAAAGUCUGACUGUCCAGGUAGAGCAUUGACUGCCCAUUCAGUUGGAGGAAUCCCAGCUAUAACUCAAACAGGAAAUGGUUAAAUCUGCUUCCCUCAGUAGAUCUAUAGCAGAUCUACUGUACAUUUAUUUUUAGCCACAUAGACUUAGCUUUUUUUUCUAUUAUAAUCCCUAAGAUUUCUGUUAGUUGUUGACGUGGGCCUUGUUGAUUGAGCAGCAGUUUGACAGGCACAAGGAAUAAUCAGUGCCUAGAAUGAAUAACCAUGUUUAAGAUGUGAAUGUACAAAACAUUUGCUAUUUCUCCUCCAAUUUUAUUUCCAUUUUUGUUUUUUAUGGAAGUGUAAAGCUGUGCUAACAGUGUCCUGUUGUUAUUGCCUUGCCCAAGUUGGCCAUGAAGAUGGUAAGCAUUGCAAAUUAUCUACUAUGGGAUCUAUUCUACUGGGCUUGACCUUUCCCCAUUAUCCAUGCGCACGUGAAUGUACUUCCACCUGGGGAUUACUGGCUAAUUAUUAGGAAUCUUUGCUUGGUAGUCUUUAUUCCAGUUCAUUUCUGCUAUUGGUAGCUAUGUGUUACCUAUUGGUGCAAACACCCAACCUUGAAGACAUGUGCAUUUUUGGUCUCAGCAUAACUAUCAUUUAUCUAUAUAGCAGGAGAGAUCCAUUAAGAGUAUUUUUCCUUCUUCAAUUCUUCAUCUUUGUUACCGUUUAUCUGAAUGUAACAAAUCUACAUAAACCUAAGGAAUAUCAGCACAGAAAAUACUUCUUUUAACACUGGAAUCAUCCCAUCUUCUGGAUGUCUUGUGCCCUAUAGAAGUAGAAUUAGAGUAGUCCAUCAAAGGGUGUAGGAUGUAAGAAGAGUGAUGAAACUUGUUAGUGCAUUUUAGUGCAGGGAGAUUGAAAUUUUCAGGGCAUUGAUCUGUAAAAAGGUUUUAAGCUCAAGUAAAUUUUACUGUUGUGAGAAAUCAGGCUGAAGAUCCUUCAUUUCCUUUUGGCUUUCUUUUCAUAACUUAGUUCCUCAUCUGAGCCAAUUCAAACUGGCUGAGUUUGUUCUGAAUGCCAGUUGAAUAGUAACAAAUGAAGGCAUGCUAGCAAGGAAACUAAUUUAUGAAGAUAAUUAAGCCAGGGCCCAAGAGCAUCUUCAGACUAUGAAUUCCAAAGUUAGGGCAGUUUGUUUUAUACCUUCCUGAGGAGCUGAUAAAUGUUGCACUCAUUGUACUAGGAGAAUGACUUCAGGAGUAGGUCUCAGAAUAUCCACCAUAAACCCUUGAAGUUUAAAGAGGAUAUAUCUGUUCAAAAUUCACUUGGGAUAUUCUAGAUGAAUGGACUGUGUACUGGUGCAACAGGUUAUUCAUAGAUUUGCACUACUUUCGAGCCAUUGAGCUAUUUCACCUAAUGACAAACUCACUUGAAUUUGCAAUUUACUUCAAAUGUGCAAGUAGGUUUCUUGAAUCAGAGAAUGUGUGACUACUCUGCUUUUAGUCUGCAAAACUCAAUUUCUGACACGUUUCUGGGGGAUGCUGGAAGGAAUUCUAAAAGGAGAAAUUUAUCAAAGGCUUCCAAAAACAGAAUUUUUCACAGGGUUUCCCACAAUUGAUCCAAUCUACAGGCUUAAGAUGCCGUGAAGAUACUUUACAGAAUUGAUAAAGACUGAUCAAAUCACAUGGAACUCAAUUCAGAAAGCAUUAGUGACUGAAGUAGGACUGAAAACUGCCCUGUAUAAGUGUUGUUGUUCUAGAAAACAAAUCAGACAAAUGAUAUGAGCCCUACAAACUUCGUUAAAGAUAGGGAUAUCCCACUGUUAUUUGUUUGGAAUAACUAGUUCAACUGUAGUGUACAUAUAUGAAGAUGAUGUGUACCUGUAUCUUGCUUGAACUAUGAAAGGUAUUUGGCAAGACAGGUGCUUAAAAUGAGGCAUUGAUCAUUUUUCCAUAAGUGAUUCUCUAGGCCCUGACUCCCUAAAAUGAGAUUCAUUGCAAAUGCUGUGACUUCCAAUCACACAGGCUUUCAAGUAUUUAUUAAUUUAGUGCAUAACUACGUGCGUCCACUAACUGGUAAUGAACACUGUCAAACAGAGUUAAUAAUUGAGUUUUCUUUAAAUAAAAGACGUGAAAUGCGUUAAGUCAAGAGAAACUGAAAUUGGAUUUUUGUCUUUUAAUAAGCAGUGAGAUUACAGCAAGUUUUGCAGAAAAUAAGUGUAUGGGAUUUUCCUGACUAGUUUGAUCAAGUUGGAAGAUAAAGUAAGUGGAUGAUUUGAAAUGUUAAUUGGAAAUCUGUACUGCUGUCUGAAUUGAGGUCUGAGCACUGAACUUCAAUGCCUGACGGGAUAGGACUGUUAUGAACGAUGGACAAACAGUAGAUUUGAACAAGUUAAUAAUUCAUACCUGAAUGUCCCUAAGUUCUUUAAAUCAAAAAUAUUAGUUAAAAGAAGUCUUUGAAUUGUGAAAAAUAUUGCAACUGCUCUGUAACGCCUCUUCGAUUGUCUGCCAGGGUACUGUUGCUGAAACUAUGAAUUCCAGUCGAGCGCACAGCGUGUGAGGUGGGAGAAUGCAGUACUGUCACCGAAUAGUAACGUCUCCUUUUCAAGAAUUUGCAGUGCUUACAUCCUUAUGAUACUGUCCUACACUAAAUAUUUUAAAUGUUAAAUUUAGGAGAUGUCCAAGAGCCAAUUGUGACUAAAGUUAUUGCUUCUGUGAGUCAGAAGCUAUCUGUGGGGAUAUAAAAGAAAUUGUAGGAUAAAUUCCCUUUAUGAAUAGAUCCAACUGCAUUAAUCUCUUUGUCUCAUGAGUUAAGCAAAGGAAGUACAUAUUUGAUAUGUGGAAAUUAUUAUUUCAAUCCUUGGAUAGUGUUACAGUUUGUAAAGCUUCACGGUUACUGUUUACAUAUUUAAAAAUUUAAAUACAAAAUAUAGCAUGUUGAUUUUUAUACUUGCAUGUGGUUUCAGUACUGUGCACUUGCUCUGGCUGUGUCUCUCUCUGUCUUUUUUUCUUUCUUUCUCCCUCCCAUUCCCCUACCCAGUCCCCAUCCCUUCCCCCAGUGACCUUGUAAAGUGACAAAAGUUUGUUCAACAGGUGAUGGGAUAAGCAUAACAACUUUGUAUUGAGACUCUGUAUUGUGGUAUGUGUCUGUCAGGACAAGCUGUUAGUUCAUAUGUUGUUUUCAAACUAAUGAACUGUAUAUUUGAUAGUGAGGGGAGAACCUGUUGAUUUUAGAUACCAGUAUACCUCAUUUGUACACGCAUGUAUGUUGCAAUGGACUACUCCACGACAUUGCUGAGGUACUGUGCAAUAUCAUAACUUUGAAAUAUAAUUUGUUAUCUAACUGCUCACAACAGCUUUGAGUGAAAAAUGUACGCAAGUAUUUUCAUGUUUCUUGUGAAAAGCACAGGAUCUAUAUUUUCCAGUCACUCAAAAAUAUGCCUGUUUAUAGGCCCAAACUCUUCAGAACCAAAUGUAGAAAUAAUGUAGGAGGAAAACACCUUCAUCUUGGACAGGCAAUGCAAAAUCCCCUGUUUUUCAAUGAAAAUUAUUCUUGUCCUGAGGGGACUCCGUAUUUACAUGGGAAUCCAAACCAUUGCUCUUUAGAAGCAUGGUUAAGGUGAAUGACACACUUUAUUCCAUUCUUUAUACAAAACAAAAUGAUGCUAACUCAUUUGUAUUUGUUCUGUUAUAGUGGCAUUCAAAACCCUUGUGCAUUUGUUUUCUGUUACUAUUCAGAUUAUUGUUUUUGGAUGAGAUGCUUAAGGAAGUGGCAAAAGGCAUCUUGCAAAUAGGAAUGAUGUGGUCCUUUUUAAUAUUGUUCUCCACCUAAUGGUGAUUUAUCAAACAAACCACACACCGCCAAAAUCUUUGGCGGGCUGAAGAGCUGCCAGUAAAACACUUGUGCAGUUACUCUUCCUACUUGUGCAGCAGCUUUAUUUGUUGCUACACGCCAUGAAUUUUAAACCUUGCUUCCAGAUUCCAGUUACCUUGUUGGAUUGUUCAGAACAAUUUGGCUGUUUUGUUUUUUUUAAUUCAAAUAAAUGUUCACUUGGUUCCAAACUACAACAGUACUGAACGUUUUCAGACUGCAGAGCUGAAGAUAAUCUGUGCAAAUCGCUAACUUAUUAAUACAAACGGCAAAUAUAGGUUCCAGCAUGUAGAAAGUUUUUGCCGUGUUACUGCACAUAUCUAGGAUGUUUUGAAUUAAACAAUACAUUAUGGUCCAGCUGUGUGGUCUGGUUAAUUCUGGGUGAACAUAUGAGCCAAGGGAUGUGCCUCAGUGAUCAAAAACUGCAUGCUCCUUUAAACAUACUUUUCUGCAGGGGUUCAUGCUUGAAAAUUAUUUGUAAAUAGUGAAACUCUAUCCCCCACCUCAUCCCAUUUAAAAUUAAAAGUUGCGUAUACUUUUUGUCAACAGUAGCCUGUUCUACGUUACUUUGGAUCUACUUAAAUCGUUGAUGAAAAUACAAAAUUAUUUUGUUCAAUGUAUUGCUUUAUCUUGCACAUUUGAGAAGUAUAACUUAAUGUUUGAUGGUACUGGAUGUAUAUAAGUGUUUAAUUCUGUCUGUAAAUGGGAAAUGAUGUAACAAAGUCAUAGGUACAGGUUUCUUUUUGUAAUUUAAUAAAAGAUAUAUAAUGAAAUUGAUUGCAAAUCAUAGUUAAUGAAAAAAAAUCAGGUCACAGUCCAUGAAAUAUGUACAUUUUGAUAUGUAAUAUUUUUACUUUAAUUUCCAUGCAUAGUGUAAUUCAAUAAAUUGUUUAAUUUAAAUACACUAUGUAUAUUUAAUUCAAAAUAAAGUAAAAUGAAUUAAUUUACAUA